AUGUGCGGAAUCAUUGCGAUUUGCCAGCAAACAGCAAAAUGCUCUGCCAAAUUUGACCUCAAGAAAGCGACCGAGUUAUCGAAACGGCAAACUCAUCGUGGCCCAGACUUUCGAGGAUUCUAUGAAGACCCAACAACUGGAGACAUCCUUGUUCAUGAGCGUCUCGCUAUCAUGGAUCUUGGCAUCAAACAUCCACUUCAAGGAACUAUGGAGAACAACCAGGUUAUUCAUAACGGCGAAAUCUACAACCACCAAAAGCUUCGCGAUAACGAAUUGAAGGAAUACAAAUUAAGAACAACUUGCGACUCGGAAGUCAUCAUUUUCCUUUUUGAAAAGUAUCGUGACGGUUCAAUCUGCAACAUGCUCGAUGGAGUUUUCGCAUUCGCACUUUGCUGCAAUGGAGAAUUCAUGGCUGCUCGUGAUCCAAUAGGAGUCAAGCAAAUGUACUAUGGCAUCGAUAAGUAUGGAAGAUACUUCUUUAGCAAUGAAAUGAAAACUUUGGAAGAUUCGUGCGGAUCGUUCAAGAUAGGAACCUUCCCACCGGGGCACUACUACACUCCAAAGACUGGAUUCGUUCGCUAUUUCCAACCGGCAUGGUUUGACUAUAAGAAUGCCAUCAAGCCAUUGGAUUUGAAACUCAUCCAUGACACGUUCGUUGAGGCUGUUCACAAGCGUCUUAUGUCUGAUGCCCCACUCGGAGUACUUCUGUCUGGCGGAUUGGACUCCAGCCUUGUCAGCUCUAUUGCUGCUCGUGAGAUGAAGAAGAAAGGAAUAACAAUCCAUUCGUUUUCGAUUGGGGUUGAUCACAACUCUCCUGACGUAAUUUCUGCAAGAAAAGUUGCCGACUUUAUUGGAACCAAGCACCAUGAGUUCUAUUUCAGUAUUGAGGAAGGUAUCAAGAACUUGAGAAAACUAAUCUGGCAUUUGGAAUCCUACGAUGUUACUUCUAUUCGUGCUUCGACUCCAAUGUAUUUUUUGACUGAAGAAAUUCGCAAAUUGGGAAUCAAGGUUGUACUUUCUGGAGAGGGAGCCGACGAAAUCUUUGGUGGAUAUCUUUACUUUCACAAUGCCCCGAGCGACGACGAAUUCCAAAAGGAGACAAUUGAUCGUGUUCUCCAUUUGUACACUUCUGACUGCCUUCGUGCUGACAAGUCGUCGAUGGCUCACUCGGUUGAAGUUCGUGUUCCAUUCUUGGACAAGGCAUUCCUUGACGUCGCGGUUCUCACUGCUCCACACUUCAAGCGACCACAAACCCUUGAGAAUGGUCGCCGCUGCGAAAAAUACUUUCUUCGUUCUGCAUUUAACAACGACGAGAACCCAUAUUUGCCACAAGAGAUUCUCUGGCGUCAAAAGGAACAAUUCUCGGACGGUGUUGGCUACAACUGGAUUGACACAUUGAUGGAUUACUGUGCCAGCCAGGUUUCUGAUCAAGAGUUUUCUCAAGCAGCGGAUUUAUUCCCACACAACACUCCUCACAGCAAAGAAGCAUUCUACAUGAGAAAGAUCUUUACGGAGCUCUUCCCAUCGGAAGAAGCUGCUCAUACUGUUAGAAAAUGGAUUCCGAAAUGGCAGAAAAACCAAGACCCAUCUGGUCGCGCUUCUCUUGUUCAUGAGAAAUCGGUUCACCAUUUGGAUACUGAGAAGCCUUCUCUCAUUGCUGCUGGAAUGACCGUAGAGCACACCCGUCCGCAUCAAGCCUAA